AUUCAUCCAUCUAUAUCAUUCAUGAGUGUAUAUCUCUUUCUCUCCUAUCUUUUUUGGCAGUGACCGGAAAAUAACUACCCCAAAUAAACCGGCUUACUCAGAUAACUAAAUGAUAUAACUAGUGAAUCUAAAUGAGUAUUACACAAACUCUAAUCAUGGAACAUGAACAAGAUGAUGAUGGCAAAGCCAAAAGAACUGGGAACGUGUGGACGGCAACAACACACAUCAUAACAGUGGUAGUUGGGGCAGGGGUGUUGGCUCUAGCAUGGGCUAUGGCUCAACUAGGAUGGAUAGCUGGUAUAGCCAGUAUACUAACCUUUGCAUCCAUCUCUAUUUUCACUUACAGUCUUGUAGCUGAUUGCUAUAGGUUUCCAGACCCAAUCACUGGUAAAAGAAAUUAUACUUACAUGCAAGCUGUCAAGAGCUACUUAGGUGGAACGAUGCAAGUAAUUUGUGGAUUGAUUUUGUAUGGAAAGCUAGCUGGGAUAACAGUGGGCUACACAAUAACUUCAUCGACAAGCUUAGCAGAAAUAAACAAAGUUGUUUGCGUCCAUAGAAAAGGACUUGAAGCUGAUUGCAGCACUUCUUAUAAUCCCUAUAUGAUCGGUUUUGGGAUAUUGCAGAUUUUCUUGUCUCAAAUUCCCAACUUUCACAAACUGACAUGGAUAUCAACCAUUGCCGCUAUCACCUCGUUUGGUUAUGUAUUCAUUGCAGUUGGCCUUUGUCUUACUGUCCUUAUCUCGGGAAAAGGGGCAUCUACUAGCAUAACCGGAACACAAAUAGGGCCAGAACUAACUGCUGCAGAGAAAGUGUGGCGUGUUUGCACUUCAAUGGGAAACAUAGCUCUUGCUAGCACUUAUGCUACUGUUAUUUACGACAUAAUGGAUACAUUAAAGUCACAUCCAGCAGAAAAUAAACAAAUGAAAAGGGCUAACGUGAUAGGGGUAUCAACAAUGACAAUGAUAUUCCUACUAUGUAGUUGCCUUGGCUAUGCUGCUUUUGGUGACCACACACCAGGAAACAUUUUUUUUGGAUUUUAUGAGCCCUAUUGGAUAGUUGCCAUUGGAGAAGUAUGCAUCGUAAUCCACAUGAUUGGAGCAUAUCAGGUCAUGGCACAACCAUUUUUUCGCGUCGUUGAAAUGGGUGCUAAUAUCGCAUGGCCCGAUUCAAAAUUCAUAAACCAAGACUAUUCAUUUAACGUGUGCGGUGCAACAAUCAAGUUGAACUUGUUUAGGUUAAUUUGGAGGACGAUAUUUGUGAUACUAGCAACCAUUCUUGCCAUGGCAAUGCCAUUUUUCAAUCAAUUUCUAGCUCUGUUGGGAGCGAUUGGAUUUGGGCCAUUAGUUGUCUUCUUUCCUAUACAAAUGCACAUUGCUCAGAAGCGCAUACCCGUGUUAUCGUUGAGGUGGUGUGCGCUCCAACUUUUGAAUUGUCUUUGUAUGGUUGUCUCAUUGGCUGCUAUAGUUGCUUCAAUUCAUGAAAUUAGCGAAAAUAUUCACAAAUACAAGAUUUUUGCUUAUAAACAAUAGCAUCAUUGUAACAAGGAAAUAAAUAUAGUUACAUUAUUUUCAUUAGUAUAUAUGUCGAGCUUAGGUUUUUUCAGUGUACUUUUUCCCAUUAUUCUCAUAUUUUAUAGAAAGGGAAUGUUUGUGUAUUGCUUCUUUUA